AGUGAAAAAAAAAAUUACGAAAUUCGCUGUCUGGUGCUUAAUGGUGCUUGUAAAUUGAACACAAAUAAAUUUCUAUAUUGAAAAUGUUGAGACAUUUAACAUAAAGAAUAUAUUCUAUAGUAGUUCUAUAAAAAAAAUAAAAAAAGAAAUACUUAAAGUGUACAAAAUAAUUAAAAAAGCAUUUAAACAAACGCCACAAAGAGAAGAAAACUUGCAUAAUUGGUGCUUUGAAACGGCAUUAAAAUCGCUUCUUCCAUUCAAAGGACGUCUGUGAGUGUGUCUGUGUGAAUUUUUAAUACAUAACAGGAAAUUCCGACAGAAACUAAAAAUAGGAAAAUAAGACAAAAUCAGAACUUUUCACUACCAAAAGUGCAUACCACCCCCUUUUUGGCAACGUAAAACUUACAAUCGACAAUCCGACUCUCUCGUUUCGUGCUCAGAAGUGUUAAGGGAGGAAAUGCAUAACUGAAUUCAGCGAGCUGAAAAACUCGGAAAACGUUGUUAUCAAACGAAUAGAGACAACAUACGCACAAAUAUAAAUUAACAAAUCCUACUCUUAUAAUCGCACACAAUCAUAUACAAUCCAUCGUACACAAUCCAACAGAAGCGCACACAGCACUAAAGUCUCCGAAGAGUCCUUUGAAGGAUUUGUGCAACCAUAAAUUACAAAAAGUAAACAAAACAGAACGACGAGCGCGAUGAGUUUUUUACUACCGAGCGAAACAUAAACUUCCGCUCAACUAUUCUAAAUUGUGACUAGUAAAGCAAUAAAAAAAAGGAUAUGAAGGCUGCAGUAUUCGCAGAAAAGUUCUUUAUGUUCGAAAAAUUCCGUCCAGGAAAGCCCACAAAUACAGGAAUAUGUUUUAGGAUUAAUUAUAAAAAAUACAAUAAAAUUGAAAUUAAUAAUAAUUUAUAAAAUUAAAGGUGCCAAAUAGAUAAUUAAUUAAUUUAAAAAUAAAAUUUAAAUAAAAAUACAAACAUUUUAAAUAAUGUUUGGGUCAAAACUACGAACAUGGAUGGAAAAUCACAUUGGUCGUCCCCGUAAAAAAGGAAACAAAAAUAAAAACGAUAAAAGCAAUGUUCCCACCACAAGUUCUGUUGCUGCUGCUGCGGGCAGUGGCAGUCUUGAUGUCUACAAAAAAACUGCCGCCACCGGAUUUACAAUUUAUCAUGGAAAUAGCACAAUGUCAACGACAACGACUACAUCAAUCACAGCAGCACCAGGCUCAGUUUCUAUACCCAACGGUAACCAUCAUCACAACAAUGGCUGCAGCAGUGUCAUUUCGAGUCCUGUCAGACGUCGCGAAGUCUCGCCAAUUCAGAAUCAAAGUCGCUAUGGAUGGCAAUCACCAGAUCAGGAGACAAUAACUUCGCCAAAGUCUGAUAAUUUCCUUUAUGCGCCACAGCAUCACCACCACCGAAUAAGAACAAACCAAACUGCACCAAAUAGCAAAGAAAACUCAUGUGAAGAAAAAACAACAAAACAACAACAAUUAUUACAACCCGAUUUAUCUUCCUCAUCAUUUUCCUCCCUAUCCUGGUCAACGGGAUCAAAAGAACCUUCAAUGAAUGUUAGUAACAAUAAUCAACAAGUGCAGCAAAGACUGCAUAUUGAAAGUCGUAAUAAUAGUUCCACAGCCGAUACAUGCACUCAAUCUCGCAACGAAAGUUGCUCCGAAUUGCGAGAUUUGGAAGAAAAUGAGGCUGACGUAGUACACUAUGAAGAAAUAUGUACAAUUUUACGACAUCCAGAGCAUAUAACUAAUAAUAAUUCCAGAAACUAUGCUGAUUUUGAGCGGCCCAAAUCAGAGCAGCUCGGCACUUUUCUAACUAAACGUAAUUUUUAUGAUUACAAGACACAGGAUGAUGCUUCUUCACGGUAUGGACGUUUGUUACCCUCAAAAAUUCAAAAUCAACAUACAAGCGGUUCAAUUGAUAGCCUCAAUGCAAAUCACUUACGUGCAAGUAACUCUAACACUGACAUCAAAUCUAAUAAUAAUCAUAUAAGUACGACACGUAGACCAGUAAAUCAAUAUCAGAAUCUAGGCAAUCCAAACAUGAUGAUGCCACACCCACCAAGAAAUUCCAGACUAAGAACAAACCGUUACGUUACACAAGGACUAAAUGGAACGCAAGUACAACCACAAGCUGCUGGUCCACAGAUGCAUAUAUUAUCAUCUCCAGAAAGUGCUUAUUCCACAGGCUAUUCGACUGAUGGAACUUCUCCAGGUGCAAUAUACACACCUCCAGAGUAUUAUAUCAAUAUGCGCACUGGUACGCAUUAUUUUCCAAAGAGUGUCAAUUCACUAGCCAUUGAAGCACAACGUUACAAAUUUGGAUUAAAUAAAAUAGAAGAAAUGUCACCAAUAGAUCCAUUGCCAAAAACAUCGUUUGCAAAUUAUUCUAGUCAUCACAGUAGCACACAAAGUCAUAUCAUGGCUAAUAUAUAUACCACCAAUAAUGAAAUCGGCAUUAAUCGUGGAUCCACAAGUAGUGGACGGAGUCCACUAGGAGCACAUAACACUAUAGUCUUACCUACACUAAAGGGAUUUGAAUCGCCCUCUCCGCGACAGCGUUGCCGUAUACGUACAAACCCUUGGUACUCGACAACUGAGACAUCAUCAUCGGCAGCGACAACAGUUGGUUCAGCACAGCAACAACAACAACAGCAAUCGCAUUUCAUGCCACCUUCAACAUCGCAAUCAACAAUUUCAUCCUCAAAGUCAGUUUGUUCCUCUUUAAUGAAAAUGGAAAUUGACGCUACCAGCACUUCAUCCUCAGGCAUUAAAUCAAGCAACGAGGCGAGAAGUUCAAGUGACAGAAACAACAAGCACAAUGAGAAAUCAGCUUACGACUCGUCAGAGAGUUCUUCGUCCUUGACUGAAGUGGAGAACAUGCAGAGACUUAAUUCACCAAAUACCAUAAGGCGUAAACGUACCGAACACUUGCAACACACACUAGAAACGCCUGUUGCAAAUCUACUUUAUGCACAAUGUGCAACUGGGCUGGGAAGUGCGCGUGAAUAUCCUGAUGCCAUCAUAAGUGACGAAGAUGCAACACUUAAUGAAAUGAUGGGAAAAUUUGAUGAGAGUUAUGUUUAUGAGAAAGAGACUGACAUUUUAAGCAGUGAUUCAGAUCCUACAGACUGUGCCUCAGAUUUGGAUACUGGUCAAGAUGCGGGAGAUGAAUGCGAUACUGAUGAGUUGCUCGAUAUUGAUUUUAUCGAUACUUCGUCUAUACAAGAAGUUAAUGAUAGGAAGGAUUCUCAAUGCAAUAUGGGCAGUUGUCAUUAUUACAAUAAUAAUAAUCCUAUUGGCUUAACGCAGCAACAAUAUGCUGAAGCACGGGCUUCUGUGCGUACACGCAGACGAUCGCGUAGCCUUAAGUCUUCACAUGAUGCUAAUGCAUCUAACUCAGGUGGAAAUAUACCUAAACCGGCGUCGCAGCGUAGGCGUAAGCGUUUUUUGAAAACAAGAAAGAAGAGCACGGAAAAUCGAGAACACUACAAUUCGCCAGUGCGAAAGCCACGCGAGUCGCGUAGUGUAGGUGGUACACCAGUUUGUCUUAGACGAAAUAUGAGUGCUGGUAGAGAACGAAUUUACAAAACCUCUCCUCUUUCAAACCGUUCGAGUUCUCUAGUAUUUACCGACGUUCGAGAAUCCCGAUUUAUGACAAUUGCAGAAAGUGAGAAAGCAUUAUUAAAGGCCGACUUGGAAGCCGAUGUAAAAUACCGACAAUUGAUACUAGAAGCAGAAUCACUACUUGUGUCUAUUAAGAGUAGCGUGCAGAGUAUACCUCGUGAGACGCCUGUGGCUAGUCCAAGACGUGUUAAUCCCUUAGUAAAUAAACGAGUUGAAAUGUUAAAAAAUUGUGAAGUGGAAAAUAAACGUGAUCAAUUAAAACAACAACAACAGCAGCAGCAACAGAGAUCUAUAGAUAAUGCUGCAUUUGGUGAACAUGAAUUAACGGCGGCUAUAAAUAAGCGUGUAGAAUUUCUUAAAUAUGAGACCACAUCUGCACCGAAUAGCCCUAAAUUUGUGAGACUCAGUCCACGCAAGACACAUUUGACUAACUUUAUUAAUCAGAAUGUGGCUGCAGAUAUGCCUUUGCGGAAAAAUGUUAAUCAAGAUAUCGCUAAAGCACAACUAUCUCCAAAAUUGCAUUCCAGUGGUAGGAAAGCUGUGAAUAGCCCACAAGGACGUCGUCGUUAUCGCAGCCAAUCACCAAAGUUGCACAAUAAUUCACAAGCGUUAUUCGACAGUGAUUCUGAAGCCGAUAUCAGCUUUAAACAUUCACAAAAUAUAUCCAUACUUAAUGGAAGCCCUAAACGUAAUAGAAAUAUACAACACCAAAGUUCUGCGGAAGAUAUGGCAAAUCAUAACUACUUGCCUGAAAUAGCCAAAAUAUUGCUCUAUGAGCAGUCGGACUAUAAUAACUGUAAUGCGGUAGGUGAAAACAAGUCUGGUAUGUUGACCUUUAAUUCCGUUGGUGGAAAUAUGACACACUAUUGUCCACAAAGCGAACCACUUAAGAGGAAGGUAUAUAAAGGCAGUUCUACAUUUGAACGUAUUAAGAAAAGCUUUGACUUGGAAUCUGAGAUACCCAAGCAAGUUUUGUUGGCUAAAAUAAAUCAUUUAAGACGUGAACGCCAGCAGCACACAAGCUCAAAGCUUUCAUCAACGAAAAGCUCUAGUCAAGACGUGAACCACGAUGGUGAAAACGGCGACAAAGUUAGUGAUGUGAAAAAACAAUUAAUAUUGAACACAAUCGCCGAUUUGAAACGUAGUCUUGAGAAUCAGAGUGUAGAGCUUAAUGGACUUAAUGAAGAUUAAAGACAACACUUGACUUGGUUACAAGUUUUUAGUAAUACUUCAUAAUGUGCAUUGGCACAAUAAUGAAUUUAAGUGUUCGCAGACAAUUGCUGAGAUAUGUCAAGUAUCUGGAAAAGAAGACAAAAAUGACAACCAAAAAAAAAAUAUUUCCACAAAUGUUAACAAAUAUAGUGUAGUUUCAAGAAUGUGGAAAAUAAACUGUUUAGAUUAUAGGUAUGGCUUAUACAAUAAGGCUCUUAGAAAUUCACAAGUUUUGCAAGAUAAAUAACUAUAAUUACUUAAAAACACUCAUAGAUUUCGGUGCGAUUAUUGUUUUUCACUAUGUAACAGCUGUAAACUGUAGUUCAUGUAAGAAUUACGAUAAAAUGCUCAUAUAUUAUAUACGUGUAAAUAUUUAUAUAUAAUAUAUACCCAAUAUAAAACAAGUUAAUACACAAGAAUUUAGUUAAAAUCCCUUGACUCGAGAUAGAAACAUAAAUUAGAAACAUACAUUCAAUCUUCAAGGACUU